CUUUUCACCCUUCACAAUCACAAUCACCAUUCUGGUCUCCAAAGUGCUGAUCCCACACAAACAAACCAGCAACUGCCAUUAUUUGACUCAGAUCCACAAGACUACGACUACGACUACGUCUACGUCUUCACAAACAAGUCUUGCGAUUAGCAAUCAUGCCCCCAAAACUCACCAAAAGCGCCAAACAGGCACUGAUCGUCUCGCACCUCCGCGCCAGCGGCACCUGCCACACGCUGAAGGACCUCGAGAAGUCCCUGCCGGCGGUGGCCUCGAUCAACGCGAUCCAAGUGAAGGAGUUCCUGCAGGAGCUGGCGGACGAGAAUGAGAUUCGCAUGGAGAAGAUCGGGAGUUUGAACUGGUACUGGUGUUUCGCGGGGGAGGCGAAGCGCGAGCGCGAGAGCCGGUUGCGUGCGGUGCAAUCGGAGGUGGAGCUGGUGGGGAAGGAGGUGAGUGAGUUGGAGGCGUUGGUGAGGGAGAGGAAGGCUGCGGAGGAGAGGGAGAGGGUGGAGGAUGAGAGGGUGAGGGUGAGGGAGGCGGGUGGUGGUGGUGGUGGUGGUAUUGGGUAUGAUAGGGAACAGGAGAGGGAGCGGCUAAUGCUACGGAAAGUGGAGUUGCAGGAGGAGAUUCGUCAUCUGCAGGGGAAGGUGACGGCGGUUUCGGGAUCCAGUGGUGGUGGUGGUGGUGGUGUUGUUGAGGAGAAAAGCUUGUCGUGCGUGGUGGAGGAGACGGAGGAGUUUCGGCGUCAGGCGCUGAUGUGGACGGAGAAUAUUUAUGUGCUGGAAGGGUUUGUCGAUCGGCUGACCGGCGGGGAUCGGGAGGUGUUGCGGGCGCUGCAGCGCGAAUGUUAUGGGGAGGAGGAGUAUGUGGAGGGGGAGGGGUUGCGGGAGAUCUUUGAGUGAGGGUGAGGGGGAUGGUGAUGAUGAUGAUU